AUGGCACGCACUAAGCAGGCGACGCCAUUACGGCGAGAAGUUUCCGACGAGUACUUUUCCCGACGCGAAGGCGCUACGCCUCGAAAGAGGAGCGCAAAUGGCGCCGCCGUUGUGCCAGAAGCGAAGGCGAAGGAGGCGAGGGUCGAGAAGCGCGAGGCGGGCGCAUUGGAGCUUGCCAUUGCCGUCGGGGGCAUCUAUGCCAGCUUCUUGACGUGGGCGUACCUCCAAGAGAAGCUCACGACGACUCCUUACGGCCCAGCCGAUAAACCCGAAGUCUUCCAAUUCCCCGUAUUCCUCAACACGAUCCAGUCCGCCUUCGCCGCAACGACAGGCCUCAUCUACCUCAUCGCCAGCACCGCAAAAGGCGCCUCAAUCCCCCCACCGAUCCCCAACCUGCGCAUCCUCGGGCCCCUCGCCCUCGUAGCCAUAACAAGCUCCCUCGCCUCGCCCUUCGGCUACGCCUCCCUCUCCCACAUCGACUACAUCACCUUCCUCCUCGCCAAAAGCUGCAAACUCCUCCCCGUCAUGUUCCUCCACAUCACCGUCUUCCGCCGCCGCUACCCCCUCUACAAAUACCUCGUCGUGGCGGCCGUGACGGCGGGCGUCGCCGUCUUCACGCUCCAUUCGGGAAAGAAGAAGAACCGCCACGCGAGCUACGUCGACGAGGAUCGGAACGUCGUCUGGGGCCUUUUGCUGCUGGGGAUUAAUUUGUUGUUUGAUGGGUUGACGAAUAGUACGCAGGAUCACAUUUUUUCGACGUUUCAGCCUUAUACGGGACCGCAGAUGAUGGUGGCGAAUAAUGUUAUGAGUACGCUCGUUACGGGAGGGUAUUUGCUGCUGAGCCCGUGGUUGGUAAGGACGGGGUUGGGGGAGUAUUUGGGGAUGGAUGUUGCCGGGGGUGGCGGGGAGUUGAGGGCUGCGCUGGGGUUUAUGGCGAGGUAUCCCGCCGUCUGGAGGGAUGUUUUGGGGUUUGCGGCUUGCGGUGCUAUCGGACAGGUCUUCAUCUUUUACACCCUCGCCACCUUCUCCUCCGUCCUCCUCGUCACAGUAACAGUCACCCGCAAAAUGUUCACCAUGAUCCUCUCCGUCAUCGCCUUCGGACACCGCCUUACGAACAUGCAGUGGCUUGGUGUCGGGCUCGUUUUUGGCGGCAUUGGCGCCGAGGCGUCGAUUGCGAGGAGGGAGAAGAUGGCUAAGGAGGCGGCCAAGAGGGCCAAGAAGGCUUAA